AUGGUGACUUCUGGCAGCAGCAGCGAUUAUUCUUCCAUCUCUCCAGAAGAGGAUUUCAAACCUUCCACAAUCAAAACUCGAGCUAAAGAGAAUCGUGAUAUACCCGUCGACAAUCAGCGAGUCACUUAUGCUGAGCUCAGGAAGAGAAAAGCUGAAGAUGACGAGUUGGAGGAUAGUCUACGAAGAAGAGCCCGAAUUGAGCGUCGGAUAGCGAAGGCUGAGGAUAAGCUUCAUGCUAGUGCUGAAGGUGUAGAUUCAAACUCUGAUGUUUCAGAGGAUGAAUCUAUGUGGGGACCACCAGAGCGUGAAAUCAAGCCGGACCGGUACACUAGAGAAAUUGAGAAGCCGACCCGAGCUGAUCCCGAGGCUGAGCGUGAGGAGGAAGCUGGCUGGGACACCUAUGAAGAAUAUAUUCACCCAGACAUCGUCAACGGCCCUGAUAGUGAUUCUGAUGAAGAGCGUGAAGAGGAUUCAGCAGAAGACGAUGAUGAUGGGCCUGAUGAUUCUGACAAAUCCAACGCUUCUGAUGAGUCUGACUGA